ACUAGUGAAUGGUGAUGAAAUGGCGUUGAGGUAUAUAUCGCUACUCUCUAAAUUUCGACCAGGAAAAUGGAACGUACGAACAAAUGUGACCAAAUCCGGGGUGGACCUAAAACCAGCCUCAUCAACGCAAAUAUUAGAAAAAAAUGGCAACGUAGAAAAGCCGACUGAAUCAUAUAACGACGGUCACCCUGUCGUAGAUUUGACUUUCGAAAAUGCAAGAGAGGCCUACAGAAGUAAAACGACAUCGGAACUCGCGCGGGCCCUGCUUGUAUUCAAGCUCUGCUCCGUCAAUUAUCUCGUUGAUAAUCAAAUAGUACUGCUGAAAUGGUCGCGGAAGCUUCUGGGUGGGCCAUUGUUCAGGAAGAUGAUGAAGUCUACCUUCUACGGUCACUUUGUUGCUGGGGAGGACCACGACGCCAUCAAGCCGCUGAUUAGCCGGAACCGUGAGUUUGGGGUGAAGUCCAUCCUGGAUUACAGUGUGGAGGAGGACCUGAGUAGUGACGAGGCCAAGGAGGCAGAGAUGAUGAGCUGUGUGUCAGAAACCGAGACUGAAGCUGCGGCAGGAGGGGCUGAGCGGGACAUCCGGUAUCGAGCACACAAGGAGUUCGGUGACCGGCGCGAGAAGGUGAUCAGUGCCAGGACGUACUUCUAUGAGGACGAGGCCCACUGUGAUGAGAACCUGGAGACCUUCAUGAAAUGUAUAGAUGCUGUGUCAGAUGCAACGGAAAAAUCUGGUCUGGCAGCAGUGAAGCUGACAGCUCUAGGUCGACCACAGCUUCUGCUGCAGAUGACGGAAGUGUUGGUGUCAAUCCGCAACAUCUUCGACAGCAUCUGUGGGGUGGAGGGGGACAUCUGCACGAAGAGUGUGAAGGAGGAAAAUUUCUUAGAAGCAUUGCAGAAGAUGAACAUCCGUAUCAGUCAAAACGAGUCUAAGAAGUGGUUCUCUGUGCUCGACGUCACCAAGGAUGGUGAAGUGGAUCUGCUGGACUGGGAGAAUCUUCUUGAGAUGAACAUGGGACUGUCCAAACUCCUCAUGGUGUCAAACAUCAAAACGGGAGAGUCCAAGUCCCUGGUGAUGGCGCUGAGUGCAGAGGAAGAGAACCAGAUGAAGAACAUGCUGCGCAGGAUCAACACCCUUGUACAGUAUGCAACAGAGAAGGAGGUUCGAGUGAUGAUUGACGCAGAGCAGACGUACUUCCAGCCAGCCAUCAGUCGUCUGACAAUGGAGAUGAUGCGCAAGUUCAACAGAGAGAGGGCCGUCAUCUUCAACACAUACCAGUGCUAUCUGAAGUCGGCAUUCAGCAAUAUUUUCAUUGACCUUGACCUUUCACGAAGAGAAAACUUUUACUUUGGUGCAAAGCUGGUCCGAGGUGCUUACUUGGAACAGGAACGAGAGAGAGCUGCUACCCUGAACUAUGAGGACCCCAUCAACGAUGACUACGAGGCGACGACGGCAAUGUACCACUGCGUCCUGGAGGAGGUGUUCCGUCAGAUCCAGUCCCGCGAUCGCGGCAAGAUCGCUGUGAUGGUGGCAAGUCACAACGAAGGAACAGUCAAGUUCGCUGUCGAGAAGAUGAAAGAGUGGGGUGUGAGGCCGGAGGAUCGACUCAUCUGUUUCGGACAACUUCUCGGCAUGUGUGAUCAAAUCAGCUUCCCUCUAGGUCAGGCGGGUUACUCCGUGUACAAGUACGUUCCGUUCGGCCCAGUGGAGGAGGUUCUCCCUUAUCUGUCCCGCCGCGGCAUGGAGAACAGAGGUGUCCUCAAGAAGGUCGUGAAGGAGAAGCGCCUCCUGGCGGCCGAACUAUCUCGGAGAAUCAGGAGCGGACAACUCUUCUACAACCCUCAGACCAACAUACCUUCGACUGCAGGUGUGCGGUCGUCGUGAGUGGGAGACGGAUGUGAGAGUUGAGGACUAGAUCGCCAUCACGUCAGAUGGCCCUCACGUGUAGAUAACACUGCAGUAUAGACUAUCGUAUCAUCACUCACAAGAACAAUUUUAAGUUUUAAUUUAUUUAUAAGAGAACAAAAUGAGCCUGUGAACAUUAUUUAAGCCAAACUGUUGUCAUGACUACUGAUGUAUGUGUCAUCCAGUUGUGUAACGAGACAGAUAAUUAACUUUCAUUGUCAAAAAAUAUUUUGUUGAAAUAUUUUUUAUAUGAGCAACAAAAUGACUUGUUUCUGCUGGAAAUCAUUGAUGUGAUAUCAAGGAUAUACUAAAUUGCAUGUCGAAUUAAUAUAUUUUUAAAGAAUCGAAUAAUUAAAAAAAAAUUUAAUAAAAUUUUAAUAUUUGCAAUUGUAUUGAGUAUCAGGCUGUUCUGAAUUUAUGUACCAUCACUUCAUAAUCUUUAUGUCCAAACUUGAAAGUUUGUCCGUGCACUUUCCUAGAACAAAGCACUGAUUGUAAUGGUGCAGUGAUAUGUUGUUUUUAUGUGUAUGCUACUCGAAAUUUGACACGGAUAACCAGGUUUUUAGCGUUUGUCCAAAUGGAAAAAUGUUCUGUACAAAUAUUCUGUACAAAUGUUCUGUACAAAUUUGUCAUCUUGGUGCAAGUGUAUAUCCCUAUCAAUCGUAGAGCUGUUGUUUGUACAUAGACCAAGUUCAACAUUGUGAAUCUCAUUUCUUUGGUUGUUUGUUAAAGAAAUGUGUAGUUUGCCAUGUUUUGUCAUGCAUAUUUCUUUAUCUGGCACCUUGUUUUUGUGAGUGAGUGAGUGAGUUGGGUUUAACGCCGCUUUUAACAGUAUUCCAGUUAUAUCACGGCGUGUCAGGUUAAUGUGGGAGGAAAGUCCGAAGUGAUGCAGGUCUCGGACGUUUACCACU